AUGAGUUCAGCAUCCUAUUUUCAAAGUCAUUUCAGUUCUUCUGAUUGUGGGUCGACAAAGAUCCCAGUGGAGCACUUGGAUUAUGAUUACAUUGAAAAAUGCAAGGAUUCCAAGUAUUUGGAGAAAAUCCUGUUACUUCUCAGGUCUGGCAAGGAAGGAAUCUAUCCCCAUUUGAUCAAUUUCUGCGAGAAUCGACUGGAGAAACUGAACCCUCACAGCCGAGCUCUAAGGAAGGAAAUUCCUGUGGCCACAUCUGCUAGCCUUCCAGCAGAUGAGUGGAGCAACAUUGAAGAUGAUUUGAGGAACUGGCAAAAUGAAACCAAAAUGACAGAGACUUCCCUAAAAAGACAGCUCAUUAUGGAGGAUGUUGUGGAUCAAAACAUGCCACCAGUAAGAGGGUCCAACUGCUCUGUUCCACUUAGCUGGAAUUCAGAUCGUCAACAAAAGCGUAUCCAGCCAAGAGAUUAUCGAGAAUGGGACAAGUUUGAUGUGGAGAAAGAAUGUCAGAAAAUUGAUGGGGAUGUUAGUAGAAAUGACCAGCCUGCCAUUAAAAGUUCAAAUCUCAAGACAAAACUAGACUCUUCAGCACUGACAACAGAGGUGAGACAACGUCUAGCAGAGCGUGAAAAAGACAAAGGAAAUGAUGCUUUCAGAGCAAAUGAUUAUGAGGAGGCAAUUGCAUACUACUCUAGGAGCAUAUCCAUAAUGCCCACAGUGGUUGCAUACAAUAACAGAGCUCAGGCAGAGAUCAAGCUCAAGCAAUGGCAAAGGGCCAUGGAUGACUGCCUCAGCGUAUUGGAGCUAGAACCCUGCAACGUAAAAGCUUUGCUACGGCGGGCCUCUGUACACAGUGAAUUGGGGGACUUCGAAAAGGCUGUUGAAGACCUUACACUGGUGAUGAGGCAAGAGCCACAGAAUGUUACAGCCACUCAACUUCUGUCUGAAACUACAAAGAAGAUGACAGAAGCGCGACAGGGAAAAGCGAAAAAAGGGAGAAAAAUCAUCAUCCAUGAGGAGGAGGAGGAUAAUUUCGAACAGCCUGCACCGGAUCAAACUGAUUGUCCGGUAGAACCCAGCCAGCCUGUGGGAGGGGACUGGUACUCAUCAGCUCCUGCGGACAGGGGAGACAUGGGUAACGCGCAAAAGCGGCCCCACGGUAAAGGGGACGGAGCCCCGCACAACGAGUCCUCUAAUUCCCAUCAUGGACACUGGAGGGGCAAAGGUGGCACCUCAGACAAGUACAAACUCCCGCAAGAACCCAAGGAAAAGGUCGCCAACGGAAUAGCCAAGAGGGGCUCAACAGUUUCAGCUCAGGCUGAUCAAGUUAGUAGCAGCAGCAAGGAGACUCCACCAGGUACAAAUAUUGGAGAACCUGUCAAUCUUGAUGCACCGUGUGGAGCUCUCCCGUUGUCGCUAUCCCGCUUAAAGAAUGAAGGAAACCUGCUGUUUAAGAAUGGACAGUUUGGUGAUGCACUGGAAAAAUACUCCCAAGCCAUUCAAGGAUACAGUGAUGCAGGUAUUGAUAGUCCAGAUGAUCUGUGUAUUUUGUACUCUAACAGAGCAGCUUGCUACCUGAAAGAUGGCAACAGUCAAGACUGCAUACAGGACUGCACACAAGCCCUGGAGCUACAGCCGUUCUGCCUCAAGCCCCUCCUUCGCCGGGCCAUGGCUUAUGAGUCUCUGGAGCGCUACCGCAAGGCCUACGUGGAUUACAAGACUGUUCUGCAGAUAGAUGUCAGCGUGCAGGCAGCACACGACAGUGUGAAUAGGAUCACCCGCUUGCUGAUUGAGCAGGAUGGUGCAGACUGGAGAGAGAAACUCCCAGAUAUCCCUUUGGUUCCUCUUUCGGCCCAACAGCACCGUAGAGAGGAGCCACCCAGCACCGAGGUUCUCCAAGCUCGAGCCGAGAAAGCUGCCAAGGAUGCAGAAAGGAAAGCAGAAGCUCGUUUUGCGGAUUUCAAGCAAGAUGGAAACGAGUUUGUGAAAAAGGGCCAAUAUCAGGAUGCACUUGGAAAGUAUUCUGACUGCCUUAAGAUAAAGCCCGAUGAAUGUGCUAUCUACACUAACAGAGCCCUAUGCUAUUUGAAGUUGGAGAGGUUUUCCGAGGCAAAGCAAGACUGUGACGCAGCACUCAAACUGGAGCCUGGCAAUAAGAAGGCCUUUUACAGACGAGCCUUAGCCAAUAAAGGACUUAAGGAUUACCUAGCAUGCAGCACAGACCUCCAGGAGGUGCUGCAGCAGGAUCCCAAUGUGCAGGAGGCAGAGAAGGAGUUGGAGGAGGUCACAAUUCUGCUCAAGCAAAGUCUCGCCACUGAAUCACCUGCUAAAUCCAGGAAGAUCAUCCCCGUUACAGAGGUGGAAGGUGAUCAGAAAACACCAACGGUUGCAAAGUCUGACAGCUGUUUGAAAGAGGAGUUGGGUAACAACUUCCAACCAAACAAUGCAUACGAGUUCGGCCAAGCUUUAAACAACGCCUGCAGCAGCGGCAACAUGGCGGCUUGCGCCGAUAUGUUGGCGUCGACAGCUCCCGAGCUGUUGCCGCAGUUUUUGAGCACUCAACUCAACGGGCAGACUAUCAGCUUCAUUGUGAAAGUGCUGGACACGCACCUGCUGGAGAAAGACCCCAACCUUGUUUACAAACACCUUUGUCAUCUUCAUAAUGCUGACAGGUUCUCGGUGGUUCUGAUGCUGUUAGAGAAAGAUGACCGUCGCCACGUGAGCCAACUGUUUGAGCACCUGUCAUCUGUUGAGAGCACUGAGUUCACCAAGAAUGAUGUUCAGAACCUGGCCAACAAAUACAUCUGA